AUGAAGUUCUUCAAGUCGGGAAAGCCUGCCCUCGCCGGGGCCGUCAUUGCUGCCCUUGCCCCCAAGGAUCUCAACAUUAGUGAUCCGGUCUCCAUCAAAGGUGUCGCCAAGACCCUCGCUGCCGGCGCCAUGUCCUAUUACUCCGGCACCCCGGACAAGUUCGUCGACCUCCCGGAGCCGCACUACUGGUGGCAGGCCGGUGCCCUGAUGGGCAGCAUGCUGGACUACUCCCACUAUACUGGUGACCACACCUAUGACCGUCUGAUCGCCCGCGGUCUGCUGGACCAGGUCGGCCCAGACUUCGACUACAUGCUGCCCUCUCACUUCGGUCAGGAGGGCAACGAUGACCAAGCCUUCUGGGGCUUCGCCGUGAUGUCAGCUGCCGAGCGCAAUUUCCCUCAGCCAGACCCCAAUGUCCCCUCCUGGCUGCAGCUCGGCCAGAACCUAUGGAACUCUCUCGCCUCGCGCUGGAAUACCACCCACUGCGGCGGCGGCCUGCUGUGGCAAAUCUUCGCCAGCAACCCCAACGGUCUGGACUACAAGAACACGGUCAGUAAUGGCGGCUUCUUCCAGAUCUCGGCGCGCCUGGCGCGCGCCACGGGCAACACGACCUACCUCGAGUGGGCCGAGAGGGUCUGGGACUGGACCGAGGCCGUCGGCAUGAUCGAUAAAGACGGCAACGUGUACGACGGCGCGCACGCUAGAAACAACUGCACCGACACCAACCCCGUUACCUUCUCUUACAGCGCCGCGAUCUAUAUGUAUGGCUGUGCCGUGCUGGCUGAUCAUACCGGUGAUGCCAAGUGGGCUGAUCGGGCCGAGCGUAUUUUGCAGGCGGCCCGGUCGUUCUUUAGCCCGUUCCCGAAUGCCACGAAUAUUAUGUAUGAGCACGCUUGUGAAACAGUUGGGACCUGCACAGCCGAUAUGCGCAGCUUCAAGGGAUACUUCUCGCGCUGGGCAUAUGCGUCGGCGCUGUUCCUUCCCCAGCUUAGACCGAUCAUCGAGGAGCUGUGGUACCCGACCGUCCUAGCCGCUGCCCAGUCGUGCACGGGUGGUGAGAGCGGGACCCAGUGUGGGCAGAAGUGGUAUGUCGGCGGGUUUGACGGUGUUACUGGGUUGGGCGAGGAGAUGUGUGCGCUGGAGACGGUCCAGGGCUUGUUGGCGGAUAAGGCUCCCUUGCCGUUGAAGGGUGAUGAGAUUAAGGUGGUGAGGGAGUUUGCUUCUUGA